AUUAGAUUUGGUCUCCAAAUUAGUUUGCAUACGUACGAACAAAUAAUAGGAAAUACAAUGAAGUUUAACUAUUACAAACACUAAAGCCCUGUUCUCAUGCCGUCGUUUACUUACGUGAGUAUAUAUAAACCCGUAAGUAAAUAUACUUACGGUGAGUAUACCUGUCAUGAGAACGCAUUUGCUUACGGGUUUAUAUUUACUCAUGUAUUUUAUUUGCACGACCAGCAGAGGUCAUGCAAAAGUAUAUUUGCGUAUAACUAAAUUUACUAGAUACGCAAAUCUUGCCAUGAGAACAGAUUUGUUAUUUGCUGAUAUGAGUUAAAAAGUAAAUGCAGAUUUCACACCCGUCCGGCGUGACAAUUUCAAUCCAUUUCACCAGACUCAUAUCUUGACAUUUCUGACACUAGCAGCCAGACAUCACGUGACCAGUACUGUCUAGUAGUUAAGUCGGCAUUGAUUUUUAAAACUGCAUAAUUUCUUUAUUGAUAAUGGCUAAGAAGGCAAAGGGUACACGCGGUUCAUCGUGGACAGACGAGGAAACUGAAUGUUUACUCAACCUGUGGCAGGAAAAUGAUGUAGAAAACCAAUUAGAUGAUCAAAAAAAAACCAAUGUCUCAAUUUAUCAAAUGCUAUCUAGUGAGAUGAACAAAUUUGGAUAUAAUAAAUCUAAUUUACAGUGCAAAAUUAAAAUGCACACAUUGAAAAGGUCAUUCAGGGAAUGCAAGAAAAAUCUGAAAAUUAGUGGUAACGGAAGAAAUUUCUGUAAGUUUUAUACAAAACUGAAUGACAUUUUAGGUCACCGUCCUGCAUCGUUGCCAGUGAAAUUAAUAGAGAGCAUGAACAGAAAGAGAACAAUAUCGUGCAUAGAUGAUUCAGAAAGUGACACAUUAGAUGAUACAGAAGACAAAAAUAUAGACAAUACAGAACUACUUGAUGACAGCAAAACUGAUAACGAAGAACCCAUUGCUUCUACAGCUAAUGAUAAUGUCAACGGUAAUAUAAAUGACAGACCAAAUGAAGAAAGUACAGAUGGCGAAAAAGAGAAGAAAGGGGACGAAGAAAUAAAGGAAAGUGGUAAAACAAAGAGUAAACAGCAUGUGAAAGAAAACAAAUCAUCAAAGAUAAAGCCUAAGAAAACACGUUUAGAAAUUGCUUUGUCAACUGUUAUGACAGCAUUUGCAGACAGCAACAGUAAAUUUGAAACCACACUUUUAGCAUUAGAGAACAAGAAAACUGCCGAACUGAAGAGAAUAGAAAUUGAGAAGCAGAGACUUUAAUCGGAAGAGGGACAGAAACGUGAAGAGCGAGAGCACCAGUACCGAAUGAUGAAAAUGAUAAUUGGAAGAAUG